AUGGCCACGGGCACCGGCCGACCGUGGUGGGCGCCGCCGCCGCCGUCCGCGGCGGCUCCCUCCGCCCCGCGGUUCCCCUCCCCGCCGUCGUCGUUCACGGCCGACCCGCCGGCGGAGUUCCUCUGCCCGAUCUCCGGCACGCUGAUGGCGGACCCAGUCGUCGCGCCGCCGGGCCAGACCUUCGAGCGCGCCUGCAUCCAGGCCUGCGCCGCACUCGCCUUCUCCCCGCCCGCCGUCGCCGCCGACCUCUCCGGGUCCCACUCCUCCUCCUCCUCCCCGCUCGUGCUCGUCCCCAACGUCGCACUCCGCACCGCUAUCCUCAACUGGUGCGACCGCCUCGCGCUGCCGCACCCGGCGCCGCUGUCGCCGGACACCGCCCACGACAUCGCGCAGGCGCAGGAGCCGAGCACCAGGCAGAGGGGUGACGCUCUGGAGGAGGAGAUCAUGGCCGCGCUCGGGACGGACGGCGGCGCUACCCCCGCGGAGCAGGCGUCGGCGAUGGCCUUGCUGCGGCAGGCGACGCGGGAGAACCAGCAGGUAAGGCGGCAGCUCUGCACGCCACGCCUCCUCGCGGCGCUGCGCCCCAUGCUGCUGUCGCCCGACGCCGACGUCCAGGUCAACGCGGCGGCGGCGGUGGUCAACCUGUCGCUGGAGCCCGAGAACAAGGUGCGCAUCGUGCGGUCCGGGGCGGUGUCCCCGCUCGUGGACGUGCUCCGCGGCGGCCACCCGGAGGCGCGCGACCACGCCGCGGGCGCCAUCUGUUCGCGGGCACCGCCGGCGCCGCGGGGCACCGCGCGCGCGCGCGAGGCCGGCAUGGCGCUGUACCACGUUUCCCUCUCCGGAAUGAACCGGUCCAAGAUCUCGCGCGCGCCGGGCGCGGUGCGGACGCUGCUGGCCGCCGUGGAGGCGCGGGACCGCGCGAACGAGGGCGAUGCCGCCGCGCUCCGGAGGCUCGCCGUCAUGGUCCUGGCCAACCUCGCGGGCUGCCCCGACGGGCGCGCCGCGCUGAUGGACGGCGGCGCCGUGGCCGCGGUCGUCAGGCUGAUGCGCAACGGCUCCGCGGCUCCCGGGAGCGCGGAGCAGGAGUACUGCAUAUCCACGCUGUACGGGAUGAGCCGUGGCAGCAUGAGGUUCCGCGGGCUCGCGCGCGCCGCGGGGGUCGAGGCCGCGCUGCAGCCGGUGGCCGAGGGCGACGGCGGCGUGGGGCGAGACCUGGCGCGGCGCACGCUGCGGGCUAUGCGCGGCGAGGACGACGAGGCACCUGUCACGGCGACCGGACUACUCGGACGGCAGUGGGACGACGGCAGCGUCGUGUCGGAGGGGCUUGUCUCCAUCCGGCGGCCGCCGCACCGGAGCAAUUACGCCGGGCCGUCCGGGUCAAACACAACCCAGUUCUGA